AUGGCUUCUUCUUCUUCUUCUCAUGUUGCUGGUUCUUCCAAGACUGUUUUAGCAACAUCACAAAGCAGAGAAGCAAAUGCUUUGUUGAAGUGGAAAGCAAGCCUUGACAACCAAAGCCAGGUUUCACUAUCUUCGUGGACAGGGAAUAGUCCAUGCAAUUGGCUCGGAAUUGUGUGUGACGUGUCCACAUCUGUCUCCAACAUAAGGCUUGCAAAUAUGGGACUAAGAGGUACGCUUCAAUGUCUCAACUUCUCAUCACUUCCAAACAUCCUCAAUCUAAAUAUAAGUGGUAACUCCUUGAAUGGAAGUGUUCCUCCCCAAAUUGGGGUGUUGUCCAAACUCUCCCAUCUUGAUCUCAGUCACAAUCAUCUCUCUGGAACAAUUCCAUCUGAAAUAACACACUUGCCUGCUCUUCUUACUUUAUAUUUGUCUAAUAAUAUUUUCAGUGGUUCCAUUCCUCAAGAUAUUGGUGCAUUGUUGAAUCUCAGAGAGCUUAGUCUUGAAUUUACUAAUCUCACAGGGACUAUCCCAGUUUCUAUAGGGAAGCUAGCCUUCUUGUCUUAUCUUUCUCUUUGGAAUUGCAACCUCACAGGGUCUAUCCCAAUUUCUAUAGGAAACUUGGCCAACUUGUCCAAUCUUGAUUUAACUCGGAACAAAUUUUCUGGCUAUAUUCCUCAGGAAAUUGGGAAACUGUCAUACCUGAAGUAUUUGUGGCUUGGACAUAAUGACUUUUAUGGUUCUAUCCCUAAAGAAAUUGGCAAGUUGAGGAACCUAGAGAAACUACAUCUUCAGGACAACUAUUUUUCUGGGCACAUUCCUGCGGAAAUUGGGGAGUUGGUCAACUUGAAGGAAUUAUUCUUUUACGAGAAUGAAAUUUCUGGCUCCAUUCCUAUGGAAAUUGGGAAAUUGGUAAACAUGAAUCAACUGCAUGUCCGUAGCAAUCAUCUUUCUGGUUCCAUUCCUCAAGAAAUUGGAAUGUUGACAGCUAUGUUUAGUCUUGAUUUAUCCAAUAACUAUCUCUCUGGACCAAUUCCUUCUACAAUUGGAAAUUUGACAAAGGUUAGUUACUUAGCUCUAUACUCAAAUGAACUCAGUGGCAACAUUCCAAUAGAAAUGAACAAGCUAACCAAUUUGGAAAGUGUGCAGCUAUCUGAUAAUCAUUUCAUUGGUAGUUUGCCUCACAACAUUUGCAUUAGUGGAAAGUUGGAAUUCUUUGCUGCUUCCAAUAACCAUUUCACAGGUCCAGUUCCAAAGAGCUUGAAGAAUUGCACCAGCCUCAUAAGACUUAGGCUUGAACAAAACCAACUGAGUGGAAAUAUAGCAGAUGCUUUUGGUGUGUAUCCAAAUCUGAUAUACAUGGGAUUGAGUGAAAAUAAUUUUUAUGGCCAUCUUUCACCUAACUGGGGAAAGUGCCAUAACCUCGCAACCCUCAUGAUCUCCAACAAUGAUUUGUCAGGUGCUAUACCAUCAGAACUAGGUGAGGCAACCAACUUAGGUAUACUUGACUUAUCUUCAAACCAUCUUGCAGGAAAAUUUCCGAAAGAACUAGGCAACUUGACUUCAUUGAUCAAACUCUUGAUGAGCAACAAUCGUCUUUCAGGAAAUGUUCCCAUACAAAUAGCAUCAUUGCAAGAACUUGAUACCUUGGAUCUUGCAACAAAUAAUUUGAAUGGCUUCAUCAUAGAACAACUGGGAAGGUUGCCUAAGUUAUUGAACUUGAAUUUGAGCCAAAAUAAAUUCAAGGGAAAUAUUCCUGUUGAGUUUGCCAAAUUAAAAGUUCUUCAAAGCUUUGAUCUUAGUGGGAAUUCUUUGGGUGGAACAAUACCACCAGUGCUUGGACAGCUGAAAUACUUAGAAACAUUGAAUCUCUCACGUAAUAAUCUUUUUGGUGCCAUUCCCUCCAGCUUUGAUCAGAUGUUAAGCUUGACAUCCAUUGAUAUAUCAUACAACCAAUUAGAGGGUCCACUUCCAAGCAUUUUAGCUUUCCAAAAAGCUCCAAUUGAAGCAUUGAGAAAUAACAAAGGCUUGUGUGGUAAUGUCUCUGGCCUAGAGCCUUGCCGAAGUAGCAAAUCUCAUAAUCAUAAAACUAUCAAAGUCAUAUUGGUAGUUUUACCCCUUUUGGGCACUGUAGUACUAGUACUAUUUGCUUUUGGUGUCUCAUAUUGUCUUUGCCGACCUUCAAGCACAGAAGAAAACCAAGCUGCAGAAUCACAAGCUCAAAAUCUAUUUGCAGUAUGGGGUUUUGAUGGCAAAAUAGUGUAUGAGAACAUUAUUGAAGCCACGGAAGAGUUUGACAACAGCCAUCUAAUUGGGGUUGGAGGGCAGGGAUGUGUUUACAAAGCAGAGUUGCCCACAGGUCAAGUUGUAGCUGUGAAGAAACUCCAUUCAAUACCAAAUGGAGAAAUGUCCAAUCUAAAAGCUUUCACAAGUGAGAUCCAAGCUUUGACAGAAAUUCGACAUCGUAACAUUGUGAAAUUAUAUGGCUUUUGUUCACACUCACGAUUCUCAUUUCUGGUUUAUGAGCUAUUGGAGAAGGGAAGUGUGGAGAAUAUUUUGAAAGAUGAUGAACAAGCAAUUGCAUUUGACUGGAAUAAGAGGGUCAAUGUGGUUAAAGGUGUAGCUGAUGCUUUAUGCUAUAUGCACCAUGAUUGCUCACCUCCAUUUGUUCAUCGUGAUAUAUCAAGCAAGAAUGUUCUUCUUGAUUUGCAAUAUGUGGCUCAUUUGUCAGACUUUGGAACAGCUAAGCUUCUUAAUCCUAACUCAAACCACUGGACCUCGUUUGCAGGAACCUUCGGAUAUGCUGCUCCAGAACUUGCAUACACAAUGGAAGUUAAUGAGAAAAGUGAUGUGUUUAGUUUUGGGGUAUUAGCAUUGGAAAUUCUUUUUGGAAAGCACCCAGGAGAUGUUAUAUCUUCUUCUUUGCUAUCAUCAUCUUCAUGGAGUGUCAUGGCCUCCACACUUAAUGCUAUACCAUUGAUGGAUAAGUUGGACCAGCGUCUCCCUCAUCCUAUAAAUCCUGUUGUUAAGGAGGUGGAAUCAAUUGGAAGGAUAGCAAUUGCCUGUUUGACUGAAACCUCACGUUCUCGCCCUACCAUGGAGCAGAUUGUCAAGGAACUUGUAAUGCCGAAGUCAUCUUCAAUGGAUUAA